AUGGGAUCGACUUCGACUUCGACUUCGUCCAUGUCUUCAACGUCUUCGACAACUUCUUCUGCAUCGGCUACAACAUCAGCGGCGCCGCAAUGUCAAGCGGGCAGCUAUACAAGCUCUACCAACGAUGUGCAGUUUAAUACUGCAUGUGAAAGAUAUUAUGUUGGCACUGAAAUAUCCAAUGGCGUCGUUGCUGACUUGCAAGGGUGCAUGGAUAUGUGCGCAAGCGAUUCAAACUGCGUUGCAGUAUCCUUGUCAUACAGCGGCAAUGUAUGCUACCUCUUCAGUUACACUGACUAUUCAACGCCCGGUGCCUCCUGGGAUCUGGCGGUUGUUUCUUCGCGGCCAUCUUCAACAUCUUCAGUCGACUCAACGUCUUCAGUCGACUCAACAUCUUCAGCUGAUUCAACCUCCGAAGCACCCUCAACAACAUCUUCAUCACCUCCUGCCUGCCAAAGUGGUACUUACAGUGGUACAAUAAAUCAGUUCAUGAUCACAUGUGAUGCCUCGCCAAAUGCAUACAGAACAAUGAGUAGUCUUGGAUCCGGAUAUACCCUGCAGACAUGCUUGCAAGCAUGCGAUGCCGAUAGCCAAUGUGAUGCUGCAACUUUCUCAGAGCAAUUUACAUACUGCACUCUAUUCAAUGGUGCCUUAUCAACCACAUACUCAAGCACAGGCACUGUUUACAUUUACAAAGUACCCGGAACAUCGUCAUCAGCUUCAACGUCUUCAGACGUAGCAACCUCAACAUCAACAUCCUUCACGUCUUCUACUACGUCUUCAUCUGCCUCCUCUACAACAUCAUCAGCACCACUUACCUGCGCUCAACUGGGCGGUACCUAUACUGGUCCUUCCAAUACGAUAUUCGAAGUCACAUGUGGAGCGAUAUUGGGAGGCUCUGCUUCUCCACCGACUCGUGUUGAUAGCUUUGAGCAGUGUAUGGACCUGUGCCAAGCUGAUUCUACUUGCGUUGGAGUGUCAUUCUUUCCCUCUAUGGGUCGUUGCUACUUGGUUGCUGUGUAUGUUGGUUCGAGCGCGGCUCCUCCCUAUGAUGUGGCUAUCAUCCCAGCCCGAUUGCCUUCAACGUCUUCAACGUCUUCAACGUCUUCAACGUCGUCAGCCGAUUCAACCUCAACGUCAGCAGUAGUGACGACCACAGAGUCUUCAACUGAAUCCUCUACAUCCAUACCAUCUACAUCUACAUCUACAUCUGCUUCGUCUUCGUCUUCGUCUUCGUCUACGUCUUUAUCUACCUCUUCGUCUAUGUCUUCGUUUGCUUCAUCAUCUACCUCUGCAUCAUCUACAUCGUCUUUGUCUACGUCUACGUCCUCUACAGACAUAUCAUCUACGUUCAUGUCAUCGUCAGCUACGUCAUCUGCAUCUACGUCUUCUACAGCUACACUUCCUACAGCUACCUCACUUACAACUACAACAUCCACCCCAUCUUCAACUCUAUUCAUCUCUACAACUUUACCGGCAUCCUCAGAGUCCAUCUCCACAGAAUCGACGUCACAGUCCACGGCGGAGUCCACAUCUCAGUCUGAAUCUCAGUCUACGUUUCUGUCCACGUCUCUCUCUACAUCAAACACUGUAUCAGAGUCUACUCUGCCGCCUGCAACAUCAACCUCUGCGGGAUCUUCUCUCCUUUCUUCUGUUCUCACUCCCACUACAACCUCAAGUACUGAAACCUCCACCAUCAUGACAUCUGCCAGCACCGAGAACCCAAGCUCCGAGACGUCUACCAGUGAGACAACCGUCUCUUCUACCUCUGCAGCACCGGAAGCAAGUUCAAGCAGCUCCAGUCAAACUACAACGGAGACGGAGUCUACAAUACUAUCCACCCAACAACAGACCUCAACCGUCACAAGCGUUCCGUCAUUUGAAUCUUCACCUUCGCCAACCUUGACUACAUCGACGACUUCAUCAACUCCUUCUACAAGCCCAAUAAAUAUCCAAGUUCUUGACGGUUAUGAGUUUAUCGCCUGUCUGCAGUCCGACGAGGGAUUUCCAACCUUUACAACGGUAGCAACCCAGGCCGACAUGACAACAGAGAUCUGUGUUAGGUUGGCUGCUGGAAGCAUUUAUGUUGGUGUUUAUGAACAUCUACCGCCAAUCAGUCUCUUCUUCUUCCUUCUCUUCCUCCUCUUCCUCCUCUUCCUCCUCUUCCUCCUCUUCCUCCUCUUCCUCCUCUUCCUCCUCUUCCUCCUCUUCCUCCUCUUCCUCCUCUUCCUCCUCUUCCUCCUCUUCCUCCUCUUCCUCCUCUUCCUCCUCUUCCUCCUCCUCUUCAAGGGCUUCGCAGGCUUCAGGAACAGGGGCGUUGUCAUUAACAUCCCCUCUCAAAAAACGACUAUGUCCACGACUCCGAAGGAGUCGAGAUCAAUCUCUGGCACUCCAUCUCCAAUCACACCCGUCCCUAUCCGAACGAUUCACGUCACCAAGGGUAUUACCUACACAGAGAUUGUCAUUGCAACAACAGUAACCACUGUCACAUAUGUCACUAUCAACCCAAGUCAGCCAGCAGUUCUUAUCACUACUUGUAUACCGGUAACUCUGGAAUACACUCCCUGCAGCUGUGAUCAUCAAGAAUAUCCACCAGUAGAUAUGACCACCAUUAUCUCGCCUUGCGACGCCUGUGGUUAUCAGGGGCAGGAUAUUGUUACCAUGGUGGUUCCAGUUGCUGCUUGUGAGAGCGGCGGUGUGAACUACAAAUCUUCCGGCUGGAUCGACGGUGAGGCUGGAAACAACGGAUACCCUGAUGGGAUCCAAGGUCAUCAGAUUUACACUGGUAGUGAAGGAGAUGUCAGCUCCCCAUCUCAACCGGCCCAGGGCCAGCAGAACGGCGAGGGAUUGGGUUACGAGAAUGGGCCCUCAGGUAUUGAAGCCGCGACUCAGGCAUCAGGAGGCGGGGCGCAGAACAAACAGCCAGCCAACCUCCAACCAGCACAAGGCCAAAAGAGCGGCAAGGGACCGGAUUAUCAGAACGGACCCUUAGGUACUAAGGCAGCCGCCCAGGGACCAGCAGAUGAGGCACAAAACAAGAAGACAGCAAGCCUCAUGCCGACACAAGGCCAGCAAAAUACUGAUAGACCAGGUGGUGAGAACGAGGGAUCGUCUGUAGCAGUCCAAACUUCGCCAGGGGAUAACAACAAGAACCAACCAGGUGUCCCAGCAUCCCAAUCCGGUGAUGCACAGAAGCCUUCCAAACCCUCGCCUCUUACCGAGGGCCAGCAAGUUUCUUCAGGCGGCCUCGCAAGAGAAACAGGCGUCGUGCCAGCGCCUCAACCCAACACUCCGUCUCGCCCUUCUCAACCAGUGCCUGUUCAUGGAGAUCACCCAGCCAUGUCCACGACGUUCGCUACCGAGGUUGAAGUCACUAAAGAGAUUGGGACAUCCGAGUCAACACACAGUCUUAGUUCUUUGGGACCUGGUGAGUCUUCAUCUGUUCCAUCGACGGUUUCUUCGUCUGGAGCAUACAGACAUCAGAUCAUGGGCUGGAAUGCGAUGGUCGUGAUAGUGGUAGUGGCGCUGUUACUUUAA